AUGACCAGCAUGAACCAACCACAACCGUACAUGGAUGUCCACUCGCAUCUGUCAUCCGGACAGCCCUAUGCGUCUCAUCCUGCGACUGCCGGGGCGAUGCAUUACCAGUACCCACAGCAACCCCCAGUACUACAGCCUACCUCCACAUAUGGCCCGGCCAGUUCGUACUCACCGUACCCUUACCCUAAUGGUGUGACUUCCUCUCAGUCUGCACCACAGGCGCCGGCAACGUCUAUGGGCAGUCAAGUUCCGGCUCAAUUGCUUCCUCUACCUGUGACCAGCCACGCUGUAACUGCGCCUGGGUAUGGAAACACCACUGGAACGCCAAUGCAAGGGUAUGUCUUUGAUCCCACUGGUCAGAUGACGCCUCCGGGUGCGAAACCAAGAGUUACCGCGACACUUUGGGAGGAUGAGGGUAGUUUGUGCUAUCAGGUAGAAGCCAAGGGCGUUUGCGUCGCUCGACGAGAAGAUAACCACAUGAUCAACGGAACCAAACUGCUCAAUGUUGCGGGCAUGACCAGAGGCCGCCGUGAUGGAAUCCUCAAGAGCGAGAAGUCGAGAAAUGUGGUCAAGAUCGGCCCGAUGCAUCUGAAAGGCGUUUGGUAA